AAGAGGCGGGAUCGCCUCGCCCGGGGGUGGUUGUGCAUGGCUGGGAGAGCGUUAUCAGCAGCGGCCAUUGGAGGGGCGUGGAGUGCCGUCUCCUUGUCCUCUGCUGUCCGAGUGCUGAUCUGCAGCAGGCGUCCCCAUGGCUCUGGCGUCAUCGCCCUUGAGAGUCUGCAUCGUGGGGUCCGGGAACUGGGGAUCUGCUGUGGCUAAAAUAAUAGGCAAAAAUGUAAAAACAAUGCAGAAGUUUGCGUCUACUGUGAAAAUGUGGGUUUUUGAAGAAACAGUUAAUGGAAGAAAAUUGACAGAUAUCAUAAACAAUGACCAUGAGAAUGUAAAAUAUCUCCCUGGUUACAAGCUACCAGAAAAUGUGGUUGCUAUUCCAAAUCUGAAGGAAGCUGUACAAGAUGCAGACAUGCUGGUUUUUGUUAUUCCCCACCAGUUCAUUCAGAAGAUCUGUGAUGAGAUUGCUGGGCGUGUAGCCAAGAAAGCUAUUGGAAUCACUCUAAUUAAGGGAAUAGAUGAAGGUCCAGAGGGACUCAAACUCAUUUCAGAUAUAAUUCGGGAGAAGAUGGGAAUAGAUAUCAGUGUGCUGAUGGGAGCCAACAUUGCCAAUGAGGUAGCUGCAGAGAAGUUCUGUGAAACCACAAUAGGGUGUAAGAUUUUGGAAAAUGGUCUCCUCUUUAAGGAACUUCUUCAGACUCCAAACUUCCGAAUAACUGUGGUAGAUGAUGCAGACACGGUUGAGCUUUGUGGUGCUCUUAAGAACAUAGUGGCAGUGGGAGCUGGCUUUUGUGAUGGUCUUCGCUGUGGCGAUAACACCAAAGCAGCCGUCAUUAGACUGGGACUCAUGGAAAUGAUGGCAUUUGCAAAGUUCUUCUGCAAGGGGCAGGUGUCUGCUGCCACUUUCCUGGAGAGCUGUGGAGUUGCAGAUCUUAUCACAACAUGCUAUGGCGGCCGCAACCGGAGAGUGGCUGAAGCAUUUGUUAAAACUGGGAAGUCUAUUGAAGAAUUAGAGCAAGAGAUGCUGAACGGGCAAAAGCUUCAGGGACCACAAACAUCUGCAGAGGUGUAUCGUAUUCUCCAGCAGAAAGGAUUAGUGGAGAAGUUUCCACUCUUUGCUGCCGUGUAUCAAAUCUGCUACGAAGGGAAGCCUGUCCAAGAGAUGAUCUCUUGCCUCCAGAGUCAUCCACAGCAUAUAUAAAGCAUGUUUUACCAUUGUCACAUCUCCUGCCUUCUCGUAUUUGUAUGAGGGUUCAAAUGGAUGUAAUUUUAAGUUUCAUAAAAAGCUACUCCAUGAAACAAUUGUUUUAAUAUAUGAAUGUCUCUGGAUGUGUGUAGAUUGUCUUUGUUCAGUGUAAUAGUGUGACUCUUUACCUGCUAGCUGUCAUUUUCACUGACUAAAAUUCAAGAGGCUUCCAAAUGUGCAGCUCACGACUUGCACACUCCUCUUACUGCCCAUAGAUCUCUUUUUACAUUAGGAGAGAUGGAGGGUACCCAUCUGGAGCUUAAUGGUGAUUACAGCAGGAAGGAUAAGAUGUGACCUUUCUUCCUUUAUGGCAGAGCUAGGGAGUCUAUCCUGCUCUAGCUGUUGUUGGACUUCAAGUCCCAUCAGCCCCAGUCCUUGCCAGUCAUGGCUAGGGCUGAUAGGAGCUGUAGUCCAACAGUAUUUGAGCAGCCAUGGGUUUUCCAAGCUCCUCUUUAUGGGUAUUGAAUAUGGCCUGAAAUGUAUUUUCAUCUCAGAGCUGUGAGCACAUCCAGAUAUUAAUCUAACUUGCAUGCCUUUUGUUGUGAUACGUUAAUGAAUAUUUUAAUAAUAAUCAAUUUCAUAGCAUUUUUGGAUGGGGGGUGAGGCACUUUGGCCUUUUUAAACUUAACUGUUAAAUAUAUUUUAAGAAAUGAAAAUAAAUUUUAAGUAGGUGCAAUAUUGAUUUAUUUAGGGGAGUUCUGUUGACAAUAAUGUCUGUCUUCACUCAAUUUACCCCUUCUGUCAUUUAUAAUUCGGCUUCCUCUUUUACCUCUUUGUGAACCUUUCUAAAUCAAGCAUUUAUAGGCAUAACUUUGGUGCUUAGCAUCAUACAUUUUGAAGAAGCAAAAGAACCAUAUCCUGUGAUUUCUGAGAGCUUACCCUUGUCUCACCUUGAUUCAGACUGAGGAGAUGAUACAACAGAGUGUAGGGUAAGGGUAACAAACCUUUUAGCAAUCCAGAUGUUUUACCCCUCCCACCUACACGCACAAUCCCUUCCUAUGUGUCUUGCUAUCCAGACCUUCUGAUAGUUGAAGUCAAAAACUUCUGGAAGACAGUGAUUUCUCACCUCAGUAUAGAUGAUCAGAAAGCUUACAUGAAUGUGGUGAUAUGCAGUGACUUGGCCAUUCACUGCAGUUUUCAGUGGAAUUUCCAGGUGGCAUUCUGAGGUGAUCUUUUCAGUAGUUUAUUAGCAUGUUCUGGAAAAGUUGGGGUUGAGGCAGCCCUGCAUGUCAUCAUCAGUUAUGUUUGCCUUCUCUAAGAAUUUCAUUUGAAAUGACCAGUAGGGAAUAAUUCCUAUCUCCUUCCUUCCACUUCUCUUCCCAAGAAAAUCCCUACAUAUAGAGCCUACUCUUUUUCAUAGUUUCAUCUGCCCAUUCUAUGUGUGGUUCUGAUCCACAGAUCUGUUGUUGUGAUACCCACUUCUUGGGAUUUUGCAUUGGUAUCCAUAGUCUGCUAUAUAUAAAAGGAGGGUAAAAAGGCAGGGUAAAAUGUGUGUGUGUGUGUGUCUGUGUUAUUCAAAUAUUU